GAUGUCAAGCUGACGUGUUCAAUUCCUACCACCAGGGGGCGCUGUUACACCAGAUGGGAUUUUUUUUUUUUCUUCUUUUUCCUCUGCCGGAGUCUGGGAUCAGGGCAUUAACGUGUGUUGUGCGCGCUUGUGUGUGUGUGUAUCCAAUGAAAAUUACCCGGAGACGGACAGAGACCGUUUUUGACCGUACCAAUGUGUCUGGCCUGUAAAUACAGCGCAUUAACCCCAACGGAAUCAUCUCCUGGACACGGUGGGACAUCGAAAAUGAGGGAAUAAUCGGAGGACUCGCGCGGCGAGGCUCGUCUGCAGCUACCGUUUUUGUUGAACUGAGAGCGGGGAUCACAGCUGCCGCUGCUGCUGGCUACGAAGAUGUCGAGAAAAAUAGAAAGCAAGCAAGAUUCGCAACGAUCCCAUCUGUCCACUUUCACCAUGAUACUGAAGGACAAGUUCCACUCACCCAAGAUCAAGAGGACUCCAUCCAAGAAGGCAAAGCAGCUGCAGCCAGAGCCAGCAGCCAAGAGUACUGAGAAACCUGCUAACAAGAAGGUUAGCAGGCUGGAGGAGCACGAGAAGGAGGUGGUCAGCGCUCUGAAAUACUUCAAGACAAUCGUGGACAAAAUGGUGGUGGAGAAAAAAGUGCUGGAAAUGCUGCCGGGCUCCGCCAGCAAGGUCCUCGAAGCGAUUUUACCUCUGGUCCAAGUCGAGGCCCGGAUACAACAUAGCUCGGCGCUGUCUUCGUGUCACAGCCGCGUCUACCAGAGUCUGGGCAAUCUCAUCCGCUGGGCAGACCAGGUGAUGCUGGACGGCAUCGACUUGGACGACAAAGAAAGCGUAAUCGCAGUGACCAGCGUCAUCAAGGCGGUGCUGGAUGGAGUAAAGGAACUGGUGAAGCUGACCAUUGAAAAACAAGAGCAGCCAUCGCCCACCACCCCGAAUAAACCAGCCCCACCUGUUACCACUGCUGAGAGCAACGUGUCUGUGGAGGUGCCCUUGAUAGAUAGCGAGCAGGAAGUGUCGAAUAGGACGGCUCCAGCGACCUCUCCUGCUAAGGCUGCCCCUGAACUACAAGACGAGGAUGUGGCCCCACCCAAACCUCCUCUUCCUGAAGCCAAAGUGGCAGAACUCAGAGCACAGUUGAGUGCUGACGCUGGCCAAAGGAGACCCUCUCAGAAGGAGAAUCCACCACCAGCACUUCCGCCUAAAAAACGCCAGUCAGCACCUUCACCAACUCCAGUGGCAGUAGUUGCACCGAUGAGCCGUGGCUCCAGUUUACCAUGCAGUGACCACAGACAGGAAUACGAGCAGGAAUUCUUCCAGAGGCGUUUCUCUGGGGGGAGCCAUUCGUACGGCGGAGACUCCCCUCGCCUGUCGCCCUGCAGUAGCAUGGGGAAGCUCAGCAAGUCUGACGAACAGCUUUCCUCCAUGGAUCAGGACAGCGGUCAGUGUUCUCGUAACACCAGCUGUGAGACGCUGGACAACACAGAGAGUUAUGACCCGGAUUACGACUUUCUCCACCAGGACUUGUCUGCCGGGGACAACCUACCUGCGGUACAGGCAGGGGGCUGCCUGAGCCCCCUGCCCGAGUCUCACAGCGAAUCCUCGUCCCCUGUUCCCGGACAGCAUCUCACGCACCCUCCUCUGAGCGCUCCUCCCUCCCAGCAGACAGAAUACUGGACUCCACAGCCCAACCAUAGUAACCCGCUACAGUCAUGUCGCACCAGCGCACCCCCCGCUCUGCCUCUGAAAAAACGACGCAGCACGCAGACCUCGUCCUUCUCCGACGGGGGCUCCAGGGUGCUGUAUGAGCGCUACCCCUCCCAGUACGACAACUUGUCAGAAGAGGAACUUCACCCCACGCCGCCGUUCCCCCUUUUCACACCCAUCUCCCCCAUGCCUCAAACCAACGGGGGAGUUUUUGUCUCCCACUACAUGACCAGCGAGAAUGCAGAUGUCCCCACAAACCCUCCGCCACUUCCUGAAAAGAAAAACAGACACAUUCUCCAGUAUAUGCAGUUUAUGGAGGACUACUCGGAGCCGCAGCCUUCCGUUUUUUACCAGAUGCCACAGAGCGAGAGGAUCUACGAGCAGCAUAACAAGCUUUUCCAGGAGGUCUACGGCUUCAACGACUCCUUCAGCAGCACCGACUCGGUUCACGAGCCCCUACAGCCGCCAGCUUUACCUCCAAAACAAAGACAGCUGGCUUCACACUCCUCUUCCCCUUCUUCCUCCUCCUCCUCUUCUCUCUCCUGCCACCUCCAGCCGUCUGUGGCGGCCCUGGAGGAGGCGGGCUCUGGGCUGGGCCUCAGCAUGUCCGUCUCUAACUCCUACCUGAUCGGCCAGGCGUCUUUGACCACGCCCACGAGCUUGGACCAGGUCGCCCUGACCAAUGCCACCAUUCUGGAUGGCAGCGGGGGCGGUCCCAACGGUUCCCUGGCUGGCUCAAUGGGCUCUGUGGCCGUCUGUCUUCCCUCUGAGUCUUCUCUCACUGACUCGCUCCACACCUCGGCGAGCGAAAGCGUGAAUGACGAGGGCGGGGAGGGGGAGUAUGUCAACCUAUACUCGUCCAGCCAGGCCAAUGGGGAGCUGCCCCUCUCCCUAAGAGAAACCAUCGCAGCUGAUGACGUACUUCAAGACCCUGUUCCUCAGAUGCCAUCCAGCAAUAGUAAAGAGGCUUUAGACAAAGAAAGGAGGCAAAAGACGGCAGAAACGGCCGGGAGCGUUGAGGAAGAUGUAGACGAGUUGUCUCUCAUAGACCAUAAGGAGAUCAUGAGCAGGAUAACGCUAAAACAAGAGAAUGACGACGGUCCUGACGUUCGUGCGGGGUCGGGAGACAUCCUUCUAGUCCAUGCUACGGAAACAGAGCGCAAAGACCUUGUUUUGUACUGUGAAGCCUUCCUGACAACAUAUAGGACUUUUAUAACCCCAGAAGACCUCAUUAAGAAGCUACACUACAGAUAUACCACAUUCUGCCACAGUCCGGACACCUUCAAGAAGCGAGUCAGCAAGAACACCUUCUUUGUUCUGGUUCGUGUCGUUGAUGAGCUGUGUCUGGUGGAACUAACCGAGGACAUCUUGAAGCAGCUCAUGGACCUGGUGUUCACGCUCGUGUGUAACGGCGAGCUCAGCCUCGCCCGUGUUCUCCGCAAGAACAUCCUGGACAAGGUGGAGCAAAAGAAGCUGCUGCGGCACACGAACUCCCUCAAGCCGCUCGCUGCUCGAGGGGUCUCGGCGAGGCCUGGGACUCUUCACGACUUUCGCAGUCACGAGAUUGCUGACCAGCUCACGCUUCUCGAUGCUGAACUCUUCUACAAGAUUGAGAUUCCAGAGGUUCUGCUUUGGGCGAAGGAGCAGAAUGAGGAAAAGAGUCCCAACCUAACCCAGUUUACAGAGCACUUUAACAACAUGAGCUAUUGGGUGCGCUCUUUGAUAAUUCAGCAGGAGAAAGCUCAGGACAGAGAGAAGCUUCUUCUCAAGUUCAUUAAGAUAAUGAAGCACUUAAGAAAGUUAAAUAAUUUCAACUCGUAUUUGGCAAUACUCUCCGCUUUGGACUCUGCUCCCAUCAGGAGACUAGAGUGGCAGAAACAGACCUCUGAGGGUUUGGAGGAGUAUUGCACGCUGAUCGACAGCUCCUCGUCCUUCAGAGCCUACAGAGCUGCUCUGGCUGAGGUGGAGCCCCCCUGCAUCCCAUACUUAGGCCUCAUCCUCCAAGACCUGACCUUCGUCCACCUGGGGAACCCCGACCUCAUUGACGGGAAGGUCAAUUUCUCCAAACGCUGGCAGCAGUUCAAUAUCCUGGACAGCAUGCGGCGCUUCCAACAAGUGCAUUACGAGCUGAAGCGCAACGAGGAAAUCAUCUCUUUUUUCAACGACUUCAGCGAUCACCUGGCGGAGGAGGCGCUGUGGGAGCUGUCCCUGAAGAUCAAACCCCGAAACAUCAGCCGCCCCAAGACCGACCGCGGGGAGAAGACCUAGGGUCCCCCCCCACGCAGGCCUUCCACACUGACCUUCAACUGUGCUUCAUGACACUAACUCCACUUUUUUUACACACUAAUAGAAUGACAAAAAGGAAGCUAACGGGAGACUCGCUCGCGAGGAAUCCAGAACAAACUGCAGACAACUGAAAUGUCACUGAGGUUUACAAAGAGCCCUGCCGCUCUGGGAGAUUAUAAUUUGGGAUUACAGUUGCUCUGACUUAGUAGUGGAAGAGAGCGAGGAGUCAGAGCAGAGGGUGGGAGAAAUUACCAAAGUCUGCUCCAUGGACUCUUUGUUUUAGAGUGGAGCUGUCGCGUGUGAGAGAAUAAUUUGAAUGGUCCAUAUUCCCCCUGCCCUUUGUUCCUUAUGUACGUGCCAUUUGCUGGUCACCUUCUACAACACUAACAAGUCCUCAACCAGCAGAAGCUCAGGAGCAAACCUGCCGCGAACUGUGACGUGCACACGCAGGCUGCCAACUGAGAAUCUGCUGCGACUGAACCGAAGGGGCAGGACGGCCCCUACGGACUGGAAUCAGUUUGUUUUGAAACUUUUUUUCUUUUUUGUGUAAGAAUCAUGUAUGGUUAUGACAUGUAUUAUAUACAGUGCUCCUUUUGUUCUUAAAAAGGACGUUUAUGCUUAUGAGAAGAGCUUAGCUUCUCCUAAGUGCCGUAUGUAUGUGCACUAAAAAAACAAAAAAAAAGAAAAAAAAAAAAGCCAGGCAAAAACACAAAAAGAAAAUUACUAAAGAUGCCGUGAUCUAUGUACGUCAUACUGAAUCAUGGAGUGCCGUGUUCAAGUGUAGAGAACCACGAAGCAAUCGCAAUCAUGUCCCAGUCAUGUCGGUGUGUAAGAGUGUGUGUCUGUGAGAAGUCCUCUGUGACGUGUGUGUGUGUCACUCCAUGUGCUGUAGGAAGUCAUUGGAAUCCUUUUUGGGAUAAUAAUCAGAAACCCUCAAAGCCCCCCCAACACAUCACACUGUGCUCUCAAACUCCAAUAAAACAAAAAGCUCUGUUUAUAUUAAAA